UUUUUUAUCGACUUUAUAUUAAAACCCAUAAAAGGGUGGAAGUUUACAAGCGGAUUCGAGUACAAAGGGCCGAAGCCAAGAUUAUAAAUUAAUUUAAAGCCCUAAAAGGAAGAAAGAGAUAAGGUUGAAUGCUGAUCAUACACGUGUUUUCUUUUUCUUCCACGCAUUCAAUUCUGAGUGCUUCGCUGACAUCACACCGUCUUCGUUCAUCACCGAGCAGAGCAACUCCAAAACAACGCCGGUAAGAUCCAGCUUGAAGGUUUUCUUCCAUGGCUUUCUCGAUCUCCGCUAGACGCCUUUUGCUUGUCGCCGGGACUGAGGAUAGGAUCUACGACCAUCGGAGGAAUAAGUUCUCAGAGCGCCAGUUCUGAAACAUUCCUUGGAUCACCACCUAACACGGCGAAGAGAAUCCAGUUCUUCAUGAUCAGUUCCAGCUAAUCCGCAUCACUUGGCUUCCAGACAAGAGGAGACUUUACUCACGGCCGAAUAUAAUCAACAAGUAAAGAUUUAUAACCCUUAGUUAGAAAGAAGAAGCAAACCGAUAAGGUAAGAAGAUCCAAUCAGAUCGCAGGUAUGAUUGCCAUCUGGACAAGGUUUUUAGAAGGCAUGAUUAGGAUGCAGAAAGAUGGAAACAAAAAAAUAAAACCGAACACUAGUCGGAGGUAAAACCAAACGAGUCGGACAUAUAAUCCAAUAAAACGAAAUCUACAAGAUCGGAUUAAAGACCCAAAAACAAAAGAAAGACUUGGGUGGCGACCGAUGGUUAAGAAAACCGGCGGUCACCAGAUCAGAAAUUUCUGUAGAGUUGAAACUCGAGAGAAGUUAGAGCGUUACACUUUGUUUUUAUUUUAUUUUCGGAUUUAAAUUAAUAAAAAUUUACAAUAGAAUCAAAGAAAGAAAGAAGGCAAAAGUGAUUUUGUUUUGCCCGGUAUGUCAGCCUUUUGAUUCGAAACAUUAUCAUCGACACAUGUAGUAGACCUCACGGACGCUCUCCUCCAACCACUCAAUACACACUUUUUUCCUUGCUUCCUCACCAAACUUCCCCGAGUAAAAGUCUCAAAUAUCCAGCUGCGCAAACCCUAGCUUCCAAUCCAAAUCAUCAGACAUGACGACGGUUCCAAUGGAUAUCGUCAACGACCUCUUCCUCCGUCUCCCAGCGAAGAGCUUGGUCCGCUUCCGAGCUCUCUCCAAGCCCUGUUACCACCUAAUCAACAGCCCCGACUUCAUCUCAUCCCAUCUCAGCCGCGUCCUCCAAACCAACGACCACCUCAUGAUCCUCCUCCGAGGCGCUCUCCAUCUCUACACGGUGGAUCUCGAUUCGCUAGACACCGUCUCCGACGUCGAGCACCCGAUGAAACGCGGCGGUCCGACCGAAGUCUUCGGUUCUUGCAACGGUUUAAUCGGGUUAUCGAAUUCCCCAACCGAUUUAGCCAUCUUUAACCCGUCUACUCGUCAGAUCCACCGGCUACCUCCUUCUCCUGUAGAUCUCCCCGAGGGUUCGAGCACCCGCGGCUACGUGUUUUACGGGUUAGGGUACGAUUCUGUGAACGAUGAUUAUAAAGUUGUGAGGAUGGUUCAGUUUAAGCGUGACCCAGAUGACGAACUUGGUUGUAGUUUCCCUUACGAGGUUAAAGUUUUCAGCUUUAAGAUGAAUUCGUGGAAGAGGAUCGAAUCGGUUUUGCCUCCGAUUCAGCUCUUGUUUUACUUCUAUUACCAUUUGCUGUAUCGUCGUGGCUAUGGUGUUCUUGCUGGUAAUAGUCUUCACUGGGUGUUACCUCGAAGGCCUGGUUUGAUUGCGUUUAACAUCAUUGUGAGGUUUGAUCUCGCCUUGGAGGUUUUCGACAUUGUGAGGUUUCCGGAACCUAUUGCUAACGGUGAUGUUGAUAUUCAGAUGGAUAUAGGUGUGUUAGAUGGGUGUCUUUGUCUCAUGUGUAACUAUGAUCAAAAGUAUGUUGAUGUUUGGAUGAUGAAAGAGUAUAAUGUGCGAGGUUCUUGGUGCAAGGUUUUCACGGUUCAGAAACCUAAAAGUGUGAAAAUGUUUGCGUUUAUGAGACCUUUGGUUUAUUCCAAGGAUAGGGAUAAGGUUCUUUUGGAGAUAAAUAAUACGAAGCUGGUGUGGUUUGAUCUUGAGACUAGGAAGCUUAGUACUCUUAGGAUUAAGGAUUGUCCUAGCUCGUAUAGUGCGGAACUUGUUGUGAGUAGCCUUGUUUUGGGAUGUAAAGGAGAUCUUGAUAACAUUAAGCACAGGAAAGAACAACGAGAUAAAGAAGCUAGAGAAUCUAAAAUGUUGCAGAACAGUAAAAAGAGGGAUGAUUUCCUGUCAAAGGGAUUCAAACUGGUCUUAUAAGCAAAAGCAAGAGAACAGCCAGAGAAGGGCUGGGAGAAACCGGAAGGAAGAAUAGCUUUGAAUACCACAGGAGAUAGUAGUAAUCAACAACUUAACAAUAGCGUGUACAAAAGGCUUGGUAAUAAACAACCUUAACAAUGGUUUAAAUCUGAAAAGAGAAGAUACUUCAGUAUGUAUUUGAAGUGUACUAGGUUCUAAGAUAUGUAACUUAAUAUGUUGUUGCUUUCUGUAAAUAGAGUGAAAUCAUAAAAUCAUAGUAUGUAACUCUUUUAAAGCUUGUUACUGACUUAUGGACGAUGCAUGAAUUACGAUGUGAAGAAGA